AAACUACUCUUUGCCCCUCGAGUAAAGCUAUAAACUAUAUUUUUAUUAAUCGCAAAUUGAUCUUAAAUCUUCAUCAUUGAUACGAGCGAAUUAAUAAGCAAAAUUAUUUUUAGAUUGCCGUGGUGCUACUUGAGUCAAAUAAGAGCGUCCAUUUGAAAAGGGGAGGGAGUAAAACUGAGUGGCUCGUUAAACAACCCGCGGUACAGAGGUCAGGUAGUAACUAAAGUUUAGAUCACAUGUACUUACAUUAGGGCGAUAAUUAAUAAUUAUAUGUAUAUUUAUUCUGCCUAAACAGACACUAAAUCAAGAGGUGAUAAGAGGAGGUGAUACUCAGAAAAUGUGAAAAAACUAAAAAACCUAACUGGCUGCACAGGUGGGACGCGAGCACUGUGCAGUAGGGGAGAGUGAGGUAAGAUGAGCCAGUGGGUAAGUUGAACCACCCCUUGUAUCUAGGUAACUGUGUUCAUGUUUUGUCAUGUGACCAUAAAUCCAGGAAGCACUCAUCAUUUCCAUCCUGCUAUAUUAAAGAGGAGCACAUUGGAGAAGGGGUAAGUCUGUAUUACACAAAAAAAUGUUUUCUGCUUGUCAAAGUAAAAUUUCUGCAUAUCAGGUAAAUUGACUGUAAUAUUAAAACAAAUGUAUCUGUGUCUAAAAUGAUAUAUUAUACAUGUUGGUGGGUUUCUAAAAUAUAAUAUAAUCUGAAGAAGUUUUCUAAAGAUUAGCCUAAAUUGCUAAACUAGCCCGUUUUUUUCAAAAUGGUGGCUAUGGGGCAAAGUGAGCCAAAGCCUAUGGGGUAAAUUGAUCCAAUGGUUCAACCUACCCCACCAUAAGGCACUGAAAUUUAUUUAAGGCUCUGACUUAUUAAAUAGUAUUUUAGUUCAGUAUACUGAACCCUUUUGUUGUAUUUGUCAUAUGUUAACUAUUAUAGAAAAGAUAUCAUGCCAAGGACCUACAGACGGAAGACCAGCUGGGGCUCAACACCCCUGGAGGAGAUUGAAAGGGCAGCGAGUGAAGUCAAGGGAGGAAAGUCCAUAAGAUCAGUGGCUAAAGAAAGACAAAUUGACAGGUCAACAGUCAGGAGAUAUAUUAAAAAGAGGGACACACAGGAGGUCAAAUCGGUUGGCUAUAGUGGAACAGCUUCAGCAAAGAGAGUCUUCUCUGAGGAGGUGGAGAAGGAGCUAGCAGAGCAUAUCAAGAAGCUUGCAGAGCAGUUCCAUGGCAUUUCCCCAAAGAAAUGCCGUGAACUGGCAUUAGAAUUGGCAGGCAGAAACAACAUUCCUACUCCCAGCAACUGGACAGAGAAAGGUUUAGCCGGUAAAGAAUGGUUCAAGAAUUUCUUGGCACGCCACCAUCUCUCUUGCCGUAUGCCUGAGGCAACAUCUUUGGGAAGAGCUACAGCCUUCAAUAAGACUACAGUUGGGGAGUUCUUUGACAAUCUGGCUAAAGUGAUCGACAGGUAUAAAUUCCCCCCAAACAUGAUUUUUAAUGUUGACGAAACAGGUGUAACAACAGUACAGACACCAAAGCAGGUAGUGGCAGAAAAAGGAAAAAAACAAGUGGGCUCCAUCACAUCUGCUGAAAGAGUCGAACUGGUGACUGUAGUCUGUGCUGUCAAUGCGACUGGUAACGCAGUCCCUCCGAUGUUUAUCUUCCCAAGGGUUAGAUACAAAGACCACUUCAUUGCAGGAGCACCUCCGGGAUCAAUUGGUACCACUACAAGAUCAGGCUGGAUCAGUGAAGAUGUCUUUGUUGUGUUCCUUGAACAUCUGGUUCAGCAGACCAAGUGCUCCCCUGACCUGCCACUGCUGCUAAUCAUGGAUAACCAUGAAGCCCACAUUUCACUGAAGGCUUUGGACAUAGCAAAAACAAGUGGUAUUGUAAUGCUCACAAUUCCACCCCACACUUCCCAUCGCCUUCAGCCUCUGGAUAAGUGUGUGUAUGGUCCAUUUAAAACCUAUUACAACAGAGCUCUUGAUGGCUGGAUGAGGUCCAACCCAGGCAAAACUGCCAGCAUAUACCAAAUUGCUGGUUGUGUGAAUGAUGCUUUCAUGUCAGCAAUGACACCACGAAAUAUCUCCUCGGGAUUUAGAGCCACUGGGAUUUUCCCUUACAACAGAGAUAUCUUCUCUGAUGCAGAGUUUGAGCCAUCCAUGGUGUCAGACAGGCCCAACCUGGAGCAGCAGCCUGCCGCUGAAGGUGUUGCACCUGUGGUUUCAGCCUCUCUUUCUGCUGAGCUACCUUCACCAGACCCUGUACAUGCAUGUGGUUCACGAAGUGACCCCAACCAUGCUCGAUAUGUGUCUCCCACUGAUAUUCUACCCUUACUCAAAAGUCAGCAGCCCAGGAAACAAACAAAUCGAAAGCGUGUGAAGACACGAAUCCUGACUGAUACACCUGAAAAGCAGGCAAUUGAGAGACACCAUGAAGAAAGGACAAAUAAACUGAAAGGCAAAAAAGAAAUAAUCCACAAAAAGCAAGGAAUGUGGAAGAGGAAACAAACCCAGACAAAAAUUGCAGUGGAAAGCAGCUCUGAGGAGAGUGAUGUUCCCAUCCCAUUUGAAGACACUUCUGAGUAUGAGAGUUCCAGCGAUGAAAGAAGUGAACCAGAUGUCUCAGACCUGGUAGUUGGUGACUUUGUCAUCGUAAGAUUUGCAUCCAAAUCCAGGAGCCACCAUUACAUUGGCCUGGUUGACAGCUUUGCAGACAACGAAGUGAGUGCCAGAUUUCUCAGAAGAAUCCGAGGGAUCACUAGCAGUAAGAAACCCACGUUUGUGUUCAAGGAAAAUGAUGAGGCAUCUUUCCCACGCAAGGAUGUGCUGAAGAAGCUACCUCAACCUCAACAGGCUGGAGGAACUGCAAGGAGGGAGCAACAGUUCAUAUUCCCCUGCAACCUUGAUCAUUGGAAUAUUGAAUAGUUCUUUUGAAUAAAUGGUUUUGAACUGGUGGUUUGUUUAGAAACCACCAGUUUCCAGGUUUGUUCUCACAGGUUUACAACUGUUAAAAUGGUUUGUUUUCACAAUAUGAUCAGUUUUACAUUUUAAAAACUACAUGGUCAGUUUGCCCCAAGAUGGCUCAGUUUACCCACUGACUAGGUUCAAUUUACCCCUAAUCUGGGGCAAGUUGAGCCAAAGGAGCAUUUUUUUUUAAUAGGUCAUUAUUUUGGGCAGCGUCAUCAGACAUAGAUUCUGAUCAUUACAUUUGAAAGGAGACAUCCUGAAAUAAAGGAAUAUGUUAUCAUUCUA